AUGAAGAAAUAUUAUAAAAAAUUUACAGAUAUGAAUUUUAGUUUUUAAAAUUUGGUUUAACUCCUAUCUCUUUAAUUGAGAAAAAAUAUCAAAGUUGUGAAAUGGAUUGCUACAAUUGAGUUUAUUUAAAAUAUUGCUUUAUGUUUUCCAAAACAUGGGUGGGGAUUUUUCAAAUAUAGGGACAAAAUGCUUAAAGCAAUUUCAUAAAUGACAAAUUAUUCGCUUUUUUUAGCUGAUAGUAAGAAUGAUUAUUCAUAUGAUGUAUUCAUCAUUUUACUUUCAUUUAAAUCAUUGAUUUUCAUCUUAUUUUGCUUAAUAUUUCAUUAGAAAGAUGUUAUCAGACAUUUAAUUAAUUAUGCAUUAAAUAUCUUGAAUAAAAUACUUAAGUUACCUUUAAUGGUUAUAUAUGUUAAAUUUUUGUAUAAAUACAAUGAUGAUAUUGGAUGUAUAAUAAUAGGAAGUCUAACUUUUUUAACAUUUUUGAUAAUAUUGGGCUUAAUUACAUAUUUUUAGAGAGAUAUUUCAUACAAUUCAAGCAGAUAGAAUGUUCCAAUUUAUGAAUUUUAUUCUCCUAUUUUGUAUUUCAUACACCUUAUAGAUAUAUUGAGAAUUAUAUUAUUUUCUGCUUUUACAACAAACAACGGAUCAAUAUUUUUUUAGAUAUUAACAAUGAUUAGAAUGCUAUUCAAACUAUACAAUAAUAUAUUUUAAUAAAAUGAUGAAGAUAAAUUUAAUUAAAGUUUAAUAUUUUGCAAUUUGUUUAUUUCUAUAUCUCUCCUUAUUGGACAGAUUAUACAUUUUGAUGAGAUUUUUAUCUUUAAUAUAUUGCUGUAUUCAUCUACUCUGAUAUAUUAUUUAUUUACUUAAAUUAAUCUUAAUCACAUUAUUAAAUCUAGCAGUAUAUAAUAUUUAAUUUAACAGAAAUUGAGUUAAAAAAAAGUAUUACCUUACUAUUUAAAUUGUAAAAUGGAUAUUUUUCAUUUGGAAGAUUUAAUUAAUACCAGUCUAUUAGAAGAAAUUUUAACAUAUAAUUAUUCAUAAAAUGAUUCUUCUAUUUAAUAUAACUCUAUAUUUUAGAAAGAAGAAAACAUAUUAAUUUUAUUUGACUUUUUAGUUAAAUAUUAAAAAAGAUUUUAUUUAGCAUUUUAUUUUCUUUAAAAAUUUGAGAGUUUCCAAACUAAUUUAUCUUAUUUUUAUAAGAAGAUAAGUACUAUAUUAAAGUCUUAAGUUUAAAAAGAGCUUUUGCAUUUAAGUUAAUUUUAAAUAGAAAUAAAGAAUUUAAAUAACUAUGGGGAAAUUGAUUUAGAAUACAGAAAAUAAAUCUAACAUAUUUUUUCAAACUAACUAGAAUUUCUUUAGUGUCUCAUAACUGGAGCGAAAAGUUUUUAAGAAAUCGAAAAAUAUAUUAUAAAGAUUUCUGAAUCAAUUUCAGGAACAAAAAAAUGGAUGAAGAAAAAUUAAGUAUUAGAUAACAAUUAAAAUUUAAUUUUUUUAAGAAUUUCCUUUAAUUUUUAUAUUUAAAUAAUGUAAAAUCAGAUGUAAGGGAUUAAACUAAAUAAAAUGUUAAGCCAAUUAAUGAAUUCAGAAACACAAACUAUAGAUUUUUCUUAAACAUUAUAAAAUGAUUUUCUUUUACUUCCAGUAAGUUUAAUUAAGAAAAGAGGUUCAAUUUUAAAUUAUAAAAGCUAAGUAAAUUAAUUUUUUGGUUUUUAAAAUAAAGAUGUUAGAUUAGAAAAUAUAGAUUAAUUAAUGCCAGAAGCAAUCUAAUUAAUUCAUAAUUAAUUUUUAGAAAGAUAUAUUAAUAGAACUUAAAUAUAAUCAGAUAAUAAACAUGAUUCUAUUUAAGUUCUUUAAAGAUAAGAAAAUGAUUUUUUGUAAUGUCUUUAAAUUACUUUCACAAUAAGUAAUGAUUUUUCAGAUUUUAUUUUAUUAUCUUUAAUAAAAAAAGCACAUUAAGAUAAAGUUUUUAUUACAUUUGAUACAUCAGGUAAAAUUACAGGAAUUAGUUAAAAUUUAAAAGAAUACUGGCCUGAAAUAUUUAAUUAAAUGUAAUUUCAUUAUUUUAUUUAAUACUAUUGUCCUGAACUACUUGAUAUGAUAUUAAAUUAAGAUAAAUAAUAAUAAAUUGAUCUGAAUUUCAUCUAAAGAUCAAACAUUUAAAAAAUAGAUAGAUUAUUUAAAAAUUUUAUAAUGCAAGAAACUUAAUAUAAAAAAUCCUCAUAAAUCAUCAGUCUUGACAAUAUUAAUUCUGAUAGAUCUGAAAAAUAAUAAUUGCUAUUUUCAAAAUAUCAAAAUAUUUUCUAAGAUAUAUAUAGCUUUGAUAUUUUGGAAAUAAUUUUUCAAAAUUAAUUAAAUUACAUUUUGAAUUUAUGCUCAGUAUUAAUUAAAAUUAAUUUUAUUAGGUAGAAAAUGACUAAAUGCAGAGUGCAAAAGGGUAGGUUAAAAAAAUUGAAUUUAGAGAUAAAGUAAUCUAAUAUUAAUUGGAGCUGAAUUUUAAUGAAAUGAAAAAAAAAAAUGAAAAUGUUUAACCUGUAAAUUCUUCCAAAAAUAAGCCUAUUUAUUAAAAAACUAAAUCAUAGAAUGAAUGUAGUAAUAUUGGAACAGAAUUUAAAGCAACUACUUUUCUCCACAAUAUUUUAUUAAAAUAAACUGGAAGCACUCCUUUUAAAAAAAUUUAUAUAUACAAAUUAAUUGUUAUUUUAAUGGUCAUUUCAUUUUUAAUUUUGUUGGUUUAUUAAAAUUAAAAAGAUGGUUCAACUAAACUUCAAAUAACAAAUUAUAUAUAUGCUCCUUACUUAAUAGUAAAACAUUAUAAUGAUGCUUUUUAAUUAGGAUUUCAUAAGCUAAUAUUUCAAAAUUAUGAAACUUCUUAAUAUUAUAAAAAUUCUCUAAGAAAUUAAUUAGACUAUUAAUUAUAUUAAAUCAGAGAAGAGUACGAUUUUUUAUACAGUGAUUUAAUCAAUAUUGAUGCAACAACAAAUCUAAAUUAAUAUAAUCUAAAACUUUUAUAAAAAAGUAUGCCAUUUAAUAGUAUAGCUACUUUUUCAGAAAAAAUUAGAGAAAAUAUGAUAACUUUAGUGUUUUAUGAAGCAGAUUAAAUUUAGUAUAUUAAAGCUGUGCUCUUUUUUAGGAUUAAUAUAAUAUAAGCAUACAAUAUCACUAUGGAUGCAAUAGAAACAUUCAGUAUCUAAUUGGCAAACUAUUAAUCUAAUAUAAUGGAUUUUUGGAAUAGUAUACUUAUAAUAUAACUAAUUCUAUUAAUUAUCCCUUUCCUGAUUAAUAUAAGAAAUUGGUAUAAUUUUGAAAAAAGACAUUAAUAUAUGAUUUAAAUAUUAUCUAAUUUAAAUGAAGAAUAAGCUCAUUAAUUAAUUGAUUAAAAAAGACAUUUAAUUUAGUUGAUUGAUUAAGAAAUCUUUACGAAUCCUUUUAGAAAUAAUAUAUAUUCCUUUAAAAAUUUGAAUUAAAAAUAUACCACGUCUUAAGUUUAAAUUAAUAAUAGAUAAAGAUAAACAUAAAUGCUUUAUGAAAAAAUUUAGAAUAAAUAAAACACUAUUUUGAUGAAAUUAUUUAUAACAGUUUUUUUUUACUUACUCUUAGUAUUUCUUGCUAGUUUUGGAUAUAUGCAAACUAAAUAAAGUGACCAUUCUUACUAACCAAUAGAAUAAUUAAUUAAAACAUAUGUUAAAUUUCAAGUAUAAUUAAGCUAUUUAAUUUCUUUUACAUCAAUAAUGAAGGGAUAACAAUAAUUUUUGAGCAGAAUUCAAAAUAUAAAAGAUGUUGAAAUAGGUGAUAUUAAUAAUUUAUUUUCUGAUGAUGAUGUUCCAAUAUAUUUCUAAAAUUUAUCUUAAAUAUAUUCUAAAAAAGUAAUUACCUUAUUUUCUACUAUUAUUUUGACAAACUAAAUUGAAGAAAAAGAUAAAUCAAUCCUUUAUGAACUUUAUUAAGAUGAUUUUUGUAAUAAUCUUGUAGAAUAAGUAAAAUUCUGUAAAAAAAAUAUGACUCAAUCCCAAUUUGAAAAUGAUUAUGGAUAAUUUUAUUCAUAUGAAAAUAAUUCAGAUGCUUUAAGAUCAGGAGUUAUAGGUUUUAUUAGUAAACUAGAUUCUUUAUUAAAAUAUAAUUUUGAUAUUGAAAUGUCAAGGGCUAAUUAUGAUUAAAAUCAAUCAACUAAUUUUUAUAACUUUAAAGACUAUAAUAAUCUUGUAGUUUAAUAUUCACUUAAUAUUUCUUAAGGGUUUAAUUUAUUUUAUGAUUAAGUUAAUUAUAUUUCAUCAAAACUAAUCAUAAAGACAUAAAAUAAUUUAAUUACAUAUUACAUAUGUUUUAGUAUUACAUUCUUAUUUCUUUAUAUGAUAAUAUCUUGUUUUUAAAUUAAAUACUUCUAAAGAAGAUAUAAGAGUUACCUUUUAGGACUCGUUACAUUGUCAGAAGAUCUUUUAAAUGAUAAAAAAAAUAUACAUUUAUUGAAAAAAUUGAUUGAUUGA